AUGAACUCAGACAAGACAAGUCUAAUGGAAUUUUAUCAAGAUUUCAAAGACAAGAAAAUCAAAAAAGGGCAUCAAGCGUAGAAAACUUUUAGCAGUCUAAAUGGCUAGGAUCUAACUAUUCCCUACGCCUUCUGUGAAUUAUGCGAGCAGUCAGAUGAGAAGGUAAGAGCAACAUGCGAGUGUCUAAACUGUAACUUGCCUCUAUGUCUGAAGUGCAAAAAUAAACAUUAGCAGAAUCCUCGACUGCAAACUCAUAAAAUAUUAAACUAUCAGCAAAUGAUAUUCAGCGGAAAAUCAAUGGCUAAUAAUACUGAACAUGAAAGUCCCACGCCCAGAGGUGGUAGAAAAGGUCAUUCCAAUCAAUCAUCCUAGUCCCCUGGCCAAUAGAGAUAGGGAACUAUUGUUGCUAAUAAUAGGAAGACUCCUGGCUAAUCUAUGUCCAGCGCUAACUCAUCCGGCAAGUUUUCUGUCAGGCAUGCUCUUGGAAAUACUGCUUUAGACUAAAAUAGAGAUCCCCUCGAGCUAAUGAUCUGUCCUUCCCAUGAAGGAAAUCUACUCGAUCAUUACUCAAUUAAUAUCAGAGAAUUUAUGUGUAAAAUAUGCAUUAAGGAAAUUGAAGGUACAUAAAGAGAAAUUGAUAUGAAUGCAAUACCAGUAGAUGAUGCAAUUAAAAUACUCGAGAACAGACUGAAUAUGCAGACAUUGGUAAAUCUUGAUGAGAAAAUCAGAACUUUAUUAGAUCUCAUUAAAAAAAAGAAAGAUUUUUGUUUGAAGGACAAGGAGGAGUCUUUAAAGUCAAUUAAUAGAUAGUUUGAUAUAUUAUAUCGAAAGCUUGAAGAAAGGAAGAAUACUCUCUUUCAGAAGAUCAUUGCCAUAGCAGAUCAAGAGAUUGAGAGUGUUAGUGCUGUAAAAGAGAGAAGUAUUUAGAUGUUCCAGCCUAUUUAAAACUCAUCUGCUAUUGGCUACGCUAGAUCUUUAGAAAGAAUCAUAGAUUUUAUUGGAGACAUGAAAGAUGUAUAAUUGCCCUAGAAGCUGACUAAUGACUACAAUGUUUCUAUUAGCAUAGAUGAGCUUUCCAAGCAAUUAGACAAGCUAGGCUCUAUCAAUUUCUAAGGCGAUUUGUAAAAUGGAGCUAAUGGAGGCCUUGGUUCUGGUAACAUGACCAAUAAUAGUGGGGACUUCAGUCUAAUAACAAAUGAUUUUUCCAAGCCAAAAGCUAAAAUACAGAACUCUAAGAUCCUUCCAGAGAUCGUUUAGUCCAUUAAAAUUCUCAAAGUCUUGCCUCACUUUAAGGACAACAAUUUAUUGUAUCGCUGGACUAAAGAUUUGCAGAGCAAUGAUGCAUUCCACUAAAAAUGUGACAACUAAGGUCCUAUUCUUGUUAUUAUCAAAUUAGACAAUGGAGGGUGGAGAAAAACAAAGCAGUCUUAUAUAUUCUCUAUUACUGACGGAAAAGCGCGAGAGCCAUUUAUAUCCCAGAUAAGAUCUGACAACCCCAACUCUAAACUAAGGUCUAUAUACUUUAGUGAGAAAUUUGGACUAGUUUUUGGAACUAAUGACCUGGCCAUUAAUUUCAACAAUAUGAGUCUGAGCUGCUCUAAACUAGGGUAGGUCUAUGAAGUUCCUAAUAACAUGAAUGAGCUUUGCCUAGCUGGAUAAGAAAAGAAUUGGAUAGUUUAGGAGAUAGAGAUUUUUGCCUUGAGUCUUUACAAAUGA